AUGGCUCCUUCAGUAAACUCGGGCGACAGACUUGCUGGCCUAGAAUCCUUCCUUCGAAGCCACCAGAUUCCUUACUAUACCCCGUCCCAUCCGGCUUUUCUGUCCUUUCGUGCUACCUACAUCAGAUCGUUUGAAUCCGUGGUCCCGCUGUGCAUCGUACGGCCGAGUAGUGCUGAUGAGGUCGCUAUCAUUAUUAAGCAUGUCAUUGUCAACGAAAUUCCCUUCACCAUUCGUGCUGGUGGGCACGACCUUUUCGGAAGAUGCUUCGUCACAGCGUCCCUAGCCGUGGACCUCCAGGAUCUCAAGUCGGUCGAAAUCAGUGAUGACCGGCGGUCGGCAAAAAUUGGUGGUGGUGUACUGGCGGGGCGAGUUGCAGAGGAAUUGGGACUCAUGGGAUUAAUGACAGCAAUGGGGUCAGUCCCAUCGGUUGGAUAUGUAGGUUGGGCAACUCAUGGAGGUGCGGGCGAUCUUGUUGAAGCAGAUGAGGGUAUGCUGGAAGUGAUUCGCGGGGCUGGAGGAACUAUUGGAGUUGUGGUAGAGAUGACAAUCGCGGUGUUUCCAUUGAAAGAGGUAAGUGGCAUUGUUGCAUUUUCAUCCGUCGACAUGGCAAGUACUGUCAGAAGGUUCACAGUGGCCUAUCAAGCGAUGAUGAAAGAUGGCAUUGAUCGUGCUCUCGGUAUUCAACAAAGCAUAGUGAAUACUCCAGGCGGCAAGGUUUUCGCUGUCGGGUUCAUGUGGAGCUCAGAUAAUAUGGCCCUUGGUCGAGAGUAUCUCGAGAGAAUAACGUCUUUCGGAGAGGUCAUCAACAACACAGUCAAAGGUCGUUCGGCUUUUGACUGGAUGACUGAAUCAUCCAGUCUUGUUCCCGAGUCUGCUUACGGUACCAUCAUGACUCUAAGCCUGAGAUCAAUCACGGAGGAAGUAAUCGAAGUUAUCUCUCACCAUGUGUCCAAAAUGCCCCAGGAUCCUGCAACUCUUAUAUCGAUCCAUCAAUUACGGAAUGGGCCAGCACUCUCUCCAGCGGCCUUACCAUCAGUAUUUGUUGCUAAGGAGCCACACUAUAUGGUUGAGCUGAUUGCAACCUCAAGCACGUAUGAAGCUGCAGAACCUGCCCGGAAUUGGGCCGCAGGGUGCCGUGAUGCAUUGCGAAAACCGUUGCCGGUCAAUUUGCUGGACUCUACCUAUAUCUCACUGACGUCGCCCACGGAAGCUGAUCCGAGGAAGAUUUUUGGAUGGAAGUGGAAGCGACUCUUAAUGCUCAAGGCCCGGUAUGACCCAAAGAAUGUGUUUUCAAAUGCGAUGCCACAGUUCACUAUUUCACUGCUUGAUGGGGUGCAGCAGUUAUGA